GCUCCGCCAGCCACUGGCUGCCUGACGUAAUUUAGCAAUGAAAGGGUACAGUCUGCUCGGUACAGUAGGCAACUGUCAGGCGGCGGCGGCGGCGGCCGCCCAGCGCAUUGUGCCCGCAGCCGCAGCGUAGACACGAUGUGACCAACUUGAGCAGCGCGGCUGUGCGAGAGUGUGCUGGGACUGGAGAGAUACAAGAGAAAGCCCGCUCGUCAUUGUGAGCGCUCAGCCGGCAUCGCAGACACACAUACACACACACACACACUCACACAGAGGAAGAGGAAAGCUGCGGGGGAAUUUGUUGAGCAGGAAGAAGGCGCUUGUCCAGCUGGAGCCAGCUAACAUGGCGGCUGUACCAGUCUACUGCAUCUGCCGCCUGCCCUACGACGUAACCCGCUUUAUGAUCGAAUGCGAUGCGUGCAAGGACUGGUUCCACGGCAGCUGUGUUAGCGUGGAAGAGGAUGAGGCUCCAGACAUCGAUAUCUAUCACUGCCCGAACUGUGAGAAAAUUCAUGGCCAGUCAACGAUGAAAAAGAAGAGGCAGAAGAUUGAGCCUAUACAUGCUGUGGAUAUUAUACGUCCAGUGCAGAAUGGAAGCCAGAUGUUCAUAAAGGAGCUCCGAAGUCGGACAUUCCCCAGUGCAGAAGAAGUUAUUCAGCGGCUCACAGGAACGCAGCUGUCUUUUGGAUAUCUGGAAGAAAAUGGAUUUACAGGGCCCAUCUUGGUUGCAAAGAAGGAUGGUUUGGGCUUAAGUUUACCACCACUUACAUUUUCUGUUAGUGACCUUGAAAAUUAUGUUGGCCCAGACAGAGUUAUUGAUGUCGUAGAUGUCACCAAACAGAAGACCUGCAAGUUGACCAUAAAGGAAUUUGUCGACUAUUACUAUAGUGCAAACCGGAAGAGAGUUCUUAAUGUGAUUAAUUUUGAAUUUUCAGAUACCAAAAUGUCUAGUUUGGUUGAAGCUCCUGACGUUGUCAAGAAAUUAUCCUGGGUUGAUAAUGUAUGGCAAGAUGAUUCACUUUUUGAGAAGCCAAAAGUUACCAAGUAUUGCCAAAUAGGUGUAAAGGAUAGCUACACAGACUUCCACAUAGACUCAGGAGGAUCUUCCGUCUGGUAUCAUCUCCUACGAGGAGAGAAAAUCUUUUAUUUGAUUAAGUCAACUACGGCAAACCUUGCUUUAUAUGAAAGGUGGAGUUCAUCCUCAAAUCAGAGUGAAAUGUUUUUUGCUGAUCAAGUAGACAAAUGCUACAAAUGUAACGUGAAACAAGGGCACAGCUUAUUCAUCCCCUCAGGCUGGAUUUACGCAACAUUAACUCCUGUGGACUGCUUGGCUUUUGGAGGACACUUUUUACACAGUCUAAACAUUGAAAUGCAAUUGAGAGCCUAUGAAGUGGAAAAAAGACUGAAAAUCGGCAGCUUGAUUAAGUUUUCAAACUUUGAAGUCAUAUGUUGGUAUGUUGGCAAAUAUCUGCUUGAGACACUCAAAGGUUUGCACAAAUCUGGGAAGCAGCCUCCGUCAUACCUGGUGCAAGGAGCAAAAGCUCUGAAUGGAGCAUUCCGCUCAUGGACGAAGAAACAGGUUAUAGCUGACCAUGAGGAUGAAAUUCCAGAAACCAUUAAAACAGUACAGCUUAUCAAAGAAUUUGCCAAAGAAAUACGAUUAGCAGAGAAUGCACUUAAAACAAAUGAAUGUGAAAUAAGUGAUGCCAGUGCAGGCAAAAGCCCCCCUGUACCGGUCAAACUGCCAGUACCCACAGGUACAACACCAGUGGAAAAACCAGAAAGAAAAAAAUCUUCAAGGGCCAAAGAAGGAGGAAAGAAAAAAGGAAAGAAAGAGACAGAAGGUAGCGGUGUAGUUCCGAACCUUGACAUUCUUGAGGCACACACAAAGGAGGCUUUGAUUAAAACUGAAGUGCCAAAGAAAGGGGGAAAGGCUUCAAAAAAUGUGUUAAGUGUGGCUGACCAAGAAAGUGCAAAUAAUCAAAAUGAUGUAAUUAAGUUUGGAAUACAAGAGCAGAACAAAAGCAAGGCUGAAGUGAAAUGGAAAUACAAGAACAGUAAACCAGAUUCUCUGCUAAAAAUGGAAGACACAAAAUCAGAAAAAUCAUUCCUGACGGGGAGCAAAGACAACAGCAAGCUCAAGUUGGUCUUCACCAAUAAAAAGUUGCUCAGUUGUAAAGGAGUGAAAACACAGCCUAAAUCUGUGAAAUCUGAUAAUGUGUUUGGCUGUUUACAAAAUAUUAAGGAAGACAAGCCCAAAGCAGUGAGAGAUGAAUAUGAGUAUGUGUCAGAUGACGGGGAAUUGCAGAUUGACGAGUUUCCGAUAAGAAGAAAGAAGACUGCUCCUAAAAGAAGUUUAACAUUUUUAACAAAGACCAAAGAGAGUGUUGGAGUUGCUGAAAUGAAAGAACCUUUGGUUCAGCACUGUUCUAACCAGGUUCACCAGCAGGAUGGCAACUCAACUGAUGAAGAUUCUCUACAUAUUGAUACGGAGGCAAAGCCAGAUCUUAGUACUGCCAAAACAGCUGAAACAGGUAGUUCUGCUGGGAUACUGGAUCUGCUACAGGCCAGCAAACAGGUUGGAGGUAUCGAAUAUAGUGGAAAUAGCAAAAUCGUUAAAGUAGCCAAAGCCACCAACUAUGACAUCACCGAAUUCAGUCAACCUCCAGCCUCACCCAGCACACAGGAAGCCAUCCAGGGCAUGUUAUCCAUGGCAAAUCUUCCAUCCUCAGAGUCUUGCUUGCAGACUUCAUGGACUGGUAACCAAGUUAAAAAUAGCUCUUCAAUAAAUCAAGGAUCCAAGAAAACAAGUAACAAGAUUAAAAAGCACAAAGGAAAACGGUUAAUCAAAAACCAUCCGCAGAGCAUAAUUGACAUUAAUGAUUAUGAAGACCACGACAGCCUAGGAGCAUGUUUCAAAGAUUCCGAUUAUGUUUACCCAUCACUUGAAUCUGAUGAUGACGAUCCAGUUUUCAAAUCCAGAUCCAAAAAGAGAAGAAGUGCAGAUGACACACCUUGGAAUCCAACAGCCAGAGUUACACCAUCUGUUCCUCGGCAUGACAGACCGACACGAGAAGGUGCAAGAGUGGCCUCAGUAGAAACUGGAUUAGCAGCAGCUGCUGCAAAACUAUCACAACAGGAACAACAGAAAGUUCCAAAGAGAAAGUAUACCAAAAGGAAAGUGUUACCUGAUGACUCAAUCAAAAUUCCUCAGGAAAGUGCUUCUACAGAAAUGAAGACUGAUAGCCAUGCAGGAAAGCGGUUAAAGAAGGGUAUGGCAACAGCUAAACAGAGACUUGGGAAGAUACUAAAAAUACAUAGGAAUGGAAAACUUCUUCUGUAAAGAUAGAAAUGAAAAAUAUUUUCAGUUAAAUGUAUUGGCCUGACACUAAUGCUGUUUGUUACAUGUGUGACAUAAAGUGAAUACAUUUUGGAUCAUUCCGGGAUAGAGACAGUAUCCAUUUAACAUGCUUUGGAGACCUUUCUCAGUGGGCAUUAUGUGUUUGUGUGGUUCUUUGGUAGGAUAGCUCUGCAUGGUCUGUAUUACAAUUGGAUAGGCUUUUAACAUCCAUCAAAGAAGCUACAGUGAUCCUCUUCAUUCAGCUGAAUCUUCCACUGAAACAUCAAAUCUCCUACUGAAGCAUCGUUUUGCAUUAAAUGGAUAUUGAAAGAUGUUCAUUUUUUAAAAGGCUAUCAAAAUCAACUUUCUCCGUCUUUGUAUUUAUAGGGAAGAGUAUUACAGAGUUCAGUAAAGAACUACUACGUUUAUCAUAGAAACAUAGAAAAUAGGUGCAGGAGGAGGCCAUUUGGCCCUUCGAGCCAGCACCGCCAUUCAUUGUGAUCAUGGCUGAUCGUCCACAAUCAGUAACCCAUGCCUACCUUCUCCCCAUAUCCCUUGAUUCCACUAGUCCCAAGAGCUCUAUCGAACUCUCUUUUAAAUUCAUCCAGUGAAUUGGCCUCCACUGCCCUCUGUGGCAGAGAAUUCCACAAAUUCACAACCCUCUGGGUGAAAAUGUUUUUUUUCUCAUCUCACUUUUCAAUGGCCUCCCCUUUAUUCAUAGACUGUGGCCCCUGGUUCUGAACUCCCCCAACAUUGGGAACAUUUUUCCUGCAUCUAGCUUGUCCAGUCCUUUUAUAAUUUUAUAUGUUAUACACCUUUUCUUUUAGUUUUAUUCCAUCCCUAACUCCCCUUGUCAGCCACGGUUGCCUCUUACUCCCCUUAGAAUCUUUCUUCCUCUUUGGAUUGAAAUGAUCCUGCAUCUUCUAGAUUUUGCUCAUUAUCCUGAGCAAAUGGAUACUGUUUCUAUAAGUUUGUUUCUCAGGCAAUUCCACAUUUCAAAUUUAAAGAAACAUUUGAAAUACCUUUUACAUAAUAUACAAAUCCUGUAAAUAUGGUCAAAAUGCUAAUUUUUAUUGCAAAGUACCUUGAGUUAUAACUCUAUCUACCCAUUGUUCACGCUACUUUUUUUAAUAUUGUCAUCUUUUACGAUAAAAUUAUAUUUCUUUUGAGUUGUUCUAAUAAUGAUGGAGAUUAUUUUUUAUAAAAGGCAUUGCCUGAAAAACAAAAACAUUGUGUGGCCUUGCAAAAAUGUUAUCUUGUAAGUAGUCACAACACAUCAGUAAAAGAGAAGCUUUGUAAAUAAGGUUAAACUUUUGUUCUCUUUGAGCUUAUAAUUUCAAAUUUUGCAUUCAAAUGCAAUAUGAAGUAUUUUUGGUCUUAAAUGGUGUAGUGUUGGUGUCCAAGUCUAAGUGACUUAUCUGUAAUUUAUUAAUAUUUGUAGCUUUUUAUAUUUGUACAUUUCUUACACUUUUUUUUAAAUUUUUCAACUACUUGUGAUGUCUUCGUUUUCUUGAAUUUGUUACAUAAAAUCUGGUUUUAGAGGGGUCAUUUUUUUCUCUAAAUCAUUAGUUGCACAACUUUGGGCCUUUCACUUAGUAUAAUAAUCCUGCAAUCGAAUCUGUCCAUUUCUCCUACGUAUGUUUAUAAUUAAGGUACUUAAUUGCGUAGUUCUUUAUGAAAGUCAUUCCUUUUUAGCUUAGUCGAGAUGACUUAUAGCUACAUUGACAUUUUCUAUUAAUUACAAACUUUAUUUUUCAACAAGAGUUUCUGUAUAGGAUUCACUAAACAUUUAAAAUGUUUAGUUCAUAUUAGUCACGGGUGUGUUAAAUACUUUAAUUUUAACAAGUCAUUUUAACGUUAUGACAUCUUUCAUGCUGCAUUGCUAAAUCCUCAGCUACAUUGAUGUCUAUGUUGUAUAAAAUAUGCUCUCAAAUAAAUUUAUAUCAGUGAAUGAAACACUGGGCAAGAAAGGCUGCAGUUAAAAUACAGUGGACCUCAGGAAUAAAAUAACACAGGUUCCAGCUAUCAGUGCAUCUUUUGAGCCUCACAAUAUCUUGUAUAUGGAUUUUCUUGGAUACUUUGCGUUUUUGAUAAAUACAUCUUUCAAUUUAAAAACGGAAUUCUGAAGCUUUUAGUAAAAGUUAUGGAAAUAUAUAUAUUAAUCAUCUCAGCAUUUUUAACAGUUUUAAAGCGGAAAUGUGUAUUUCAAUGAUAUUUGAAGCAGUCAAGAUUUACUUUUUCAGUGUCUCUCAACAAGUUGAAAUUUAAUUGAAAGGUCCUUUAUAGUUUCUCAAGAAAAUUACAUAUUUAUGUUACAAAGUAGUUCUCGUAGCUCUAGGCAGAAGGAAAUUGUGAUUCAAUAAAAUUGAUUUAUAAAACCGCAACUAAUACCUUUGUAACAUUGGCUGAUCUGUUGAAAUUGUCUUAUCCCAUUCCAAUGUUAUUUUCAUCAAUUUUCAUACCGUACCCCACCUCCACUUGGUCCAUCACUGAUCUUCAUUUCCCUUCCUCAACUUCUUUUCAUCAAUUUUCAGGGAUAGAUUGCUGAGCAAUAUCUAUUAUAAACCCAGCCAUUCUCCUAACUAGGGUAUUUUUUCUGUCAUCUCACUUCCUGUAAAGAUUCACCUGUCAUAUUUCUUUGCAUAGGAGGAACCAUCUCCAUCCUCAAUGACAUGAUCUUCGACCUUGUUGAUGUCAGUUCAUGCACUUCUGCUCUCAAUCCCCUUCCUCUCCAAAGGAUAUUAAAAAUUGCCUUGUCUUCACAUUCCCAACCAUCAGGACCCACAUUCAAUGGGUCAUCCACUGCCAUUUCCACUGUCUCCAGUUUGAUGCCCCCACCAAAAUACAUCCUCUCCACCAAUAGUGAUACACAGGACUACUUUUCCAAAAUUCUUGGCACCAGUCACCUUCCCAAGCAAACAAAGGUGCAGUACUUGUCUUUUAAUGCUUUCCAUCCCAUAUUCCAGAAAUCUAACCUUUCCAGGUUAAGCAGCAAUUUCCUUCUACUGAGAAUACAGUAACCACUGUGCACAAUCCAAUCUGUUAUGCUGGAAAGGACAAAUGCAUGUUAAGCAACAUUUUGUAAAUUGGCUCCAUUCAAUUCAUUUGUUCACAACUGAGAUCCUCGUUGCCUUUCACUUUAAUUCUCCACCCUGUGUCCUCUCUGGUCUUGGUUCUGCAUACAUCCUUAAUAAACCUAUUUUGCUUUGGUCUAUCAUACUUUUUUAAUAAUAUCUCCUACCUUGCAUUCUAUCACAGUCCUAACUUUGUAUCCUUCCUCAUCUCCUCACCUAGCUCUGUAUUUGCUUAAAACCUGCUACAAAACUAAUUUUCUCCAAUGUUGAUGAAGAGUCAUUGGACUGAAAUGCUAAUCUUAUUUUCUCUCUACAGAUGCUGGCAGUCUUUUUGAGUAUUUAAGGCACUUUCUGUUUUUAUUUCAGUUUUGGAGGUUUUUUUUGUACUUUAUUCAAGAUAUUCCUGAUCUCCUGGGGGGAAAAAAGCCAAUUACAUGGCCACAUGUACAAGAAAAUAAAUUGUCAAAGUGUUAUUAUCUAAACAGAUUGGACUUGCACAGUAAAUUCAGCCUAUAAUGUGUGAAAUAUGGUUCCGUCAAUUGGGUGCAUUAAUCCAAUGGCAAGUUUGGGAAGUUUUUAAUUAACACAUUGUGGAAAUGAGUCUACAACAAAAAGGAGUCUUCAGUGUGAUGCCAAUAAUAAAAGUCAUCUUACUUUCUGAACAGCAUUCUUUAUUGCAAGUGUACCACAGAAUCAUUGUUUUGUAAAAAUAGAAAGUUCAUACUGUAAUAAAGAAUGCCAGUUUAAUUUGUGGGCAGGGUGAUGAGAACUUUAACUCUUAGUGUUCUGGCAUUAACCAAUGAUUAAGGGGAAUAUGUUCAUGCAAACUACAUUGUCGGGGACGUAGAUUAAUUAAACUAAGUUAUAUAUAGAUAUACAAUGAUUAUUUUAAUUCAAUUCAUGUAAGCCAGAAUGAAGAAAUAUUGUUUAACAAAAAUGUAUAUGUAAUGAAGUACACUUUAGUAAUUCAAUCUAAAAUGCAAAACUACAGGCUCUUUAAAUGUCAAUAAAGACAGAUCAAUGUCUUACAAUUGACAAUAGCUUGCUAUCAUCUAUAUAGCCCACGCACUUAUUGACUAAGAAAACCUGUGACAGGUGACAUUUUGUCUGCUGAUUUAAUUUUUGCUAAUAUUUUAUCACAGGUUAUUUUUAUCUUUCAGUCAUCUUUGACCUGUUUUGACUUGGCAUAAUGUGCAAUUAACUGGAAAUAGGGAGUAUGCAGGAAAGAGAACUUUCUUCUGAAAUUGUGGAAGUAUGCUUUCUAUGACUGUGUAAUGCGGUAGGAAAUAUGUAUUGGUUGAUUAAGGACAAAUCAUUGAUAGCUAGCCUAUACUUUGCACCAUCGUUCAUGUUUUGUGUUCAAUUUUGUAAGUUCCACUGCACUAUAAAUUACAACAGAAACACUUCUUACAUUUUAUUUUAGCUAUUAUUAUUGAUGUGUACAUUGUCUAUAAAUAACCUGUAUAGAAUGUGUUUUAAAACUGUUAAAAAUAAAAUCUACAUACUCUUCUGUU